UGCAGUGUACAGUGUACAGUGUACAAUGAUUAUAAUGCAGUACCGUGAUAAACUAUUCCUGCUCCUUGUACAGGUUCAACUUCUCAAUGGUGUCCAGAGAUUCAUCACAGAACCCUCCGAUGCAACAGCUUUCAUUGGAGAUACAAAAAUCUUAGUUUGCAAGGUGGAAGAUCGACAGGGUGAAGUACAAUGGACAAAGGAUGGUUUUGGGUUGGACGUUACCAGAGAUCUCUCCGGAUAUCCAAGAUACAAGAUGAUUGGCGCAGAUUCAGCAGGAGAAUACAGCUUGGAGAUUAGUAAUAUCCAGAUUGAUGAUGAUGCUAUAUAUGAAUGCCAGAUCCUUGCAACAAAUGUUCUUCCUUCCAUGAGAUCAAAAUCAGCUACAAUAAAUGUUCUAGUGCCUCCAAACCCCCCAUUGAUUUUGAAUGGAAAUGCUCUGAACACAACUGAGGAUACAGAAAUCAGCCUUGAAUGUUAUUCAUCAGGAGGACGGCCAGAAGUUAAAAUCAGAUGGUUGAAUCAGGACAAUACUACAGUUGAGAACUCUAAUAUAACAGAUGGCAGUCAGACACUGCCAGAUGGGAAAAGGAUGACUGUAACUUCUGUUAUCAGGUUCAAUGUGACAAAGGCUAAUGACAAUUCAGAUAUAAUAUGUGAAACUUCUAGUGAUGCGUUAGAUACACCAUUAAGAGCAUCAAUUACUUUAAACAUCAAGUAUGCCCCUGUGGUGACGGUAACAGUAGAACCUGCAGAAAUAUUUGAGGGGGAUAAAGUGACUUUUACCUGUGCUGCCACUAGUAACCCAGCAGUGAAAUCUUAUCUUUGGUUUAGUAAUAAUGUUCCUCUAAUUGGAAGUCAAACUGAGAAAUAUGAAAUAGAAAGCAUUGGAAGGGCCGAGCACAAUGUUGAAGUAAAGUGCCAAGUGAGAAAUCUAGAAGGUAAAGUUGGAGAUGCUUCAGUAAAGCCAAAAGUUAACUACAAACCAAUAUUUACCCAGACUCCGUCUGAUGUUUCAGAUGAUAAGGGGGUAAAGGUCACAUUGAAAUGUAAGGCUGAUGGCUUUCCAAAGCCAACUUAUAUCUGGUAUAGAAAUGGAAAUGUGAAUCAUGUUGUUGGAGAUAAACAAUCUCUAGAUAUAACAAUUGAUGAAAGUUCCAUUGGUAAAUAUUACUGCAGAGUUUCAGUCACAGGAUUUGAAGAAAUCUCAACGUCUGCAAUAAUCUACAUGAAAGGACCCCCUAACAUCUUGAAUAAAGAAUCCCAAGCUUCUCAGAUAGGCAAAGAGGGUGAUACUGCUCAACUGGUUUGUGAUUCAUUUGCCAUACCAUCUCCAACGAAAGUAAGCUGGUAUGUGGAUGGCAAAGCUGUUGAUGGAGCAUCAGCAAAAUAUGGUGUUGAUCAAACUGCUAAAGCAGAUGGGGUAGUAAGUACAUUAUCAGUAAAAAAAAGCACCCAUGAUGAUUUCACAGAAUACAAGUGUGACAUUGAAAACUCCUAUGGGACAGAUUCUGCAACAUUCACAUUGGUAAAAGAGGUGGUUCCUUCAAUUAUUCUUCCUGUAAUUGUAGGAACUCUUCUUGGAGCUGUCCUCCUUAUGUCAGCAUCUCUAACAGUUUUAUACAUCAUCAGAUGGAGGAGGGAGAAGGAUGAGCAGAGCAUUGAUACAGAUUCAACAUCUGACCUGGGAUCAGAAAUGAGUGAUGCCAGUAGAUAUACUAUUGAUAGCACUGAAUCCCAAACUCUUUCGGAACCUUACAGUGCAGGACCUUUUAGUUCAGGGAUGUCUAGUGAAUCCUACCACCCAAGGGUCCCUCAGCCCAAAAAACCAGUUAGAGGUGUUAUUUCUCCUGGGCCCUACUACAGAGACAUGAUUUCUCCAUCCUUGCCAUCUCCUCCACCAUUCCUAUCACCCCCCAUAGCCCCACCACCUCCACCAAGAAGAGCAAUAUCUCCUCUGCCAAAAUCCCGAACAGGAAUAUCAGGAAGAACCAUGUCUAAUACAUAUCUUCAACAAUCAAGAUCUAAAUACUACUCUUCUCAACCCAGAGCAAACUAUUUCUCUCAACAGCCUGUUCAUGUAAUGCCAUCAGAUGACUUAGCAACAGCAGUAUAACAAUUCAAAUUAAAAUGUUUAACCUUGUACAAUGUUACCCACAAGUUUGUUUGGCAAGUAAGGAAACAAGUUUAAAGUUGCAGGGAAUCAUGAAUAUAAUGUAACAGACACCUUGAAUUCCAUACAACCGCCUCUGAAGUCUCAUAAAGGUUAACACUAUAAUUUAAAAAUGGAAUCUUUAAACUUCAAGACUUACAUUCAUAGUUUUUAAUUUUUGUCACUAAAACUCAUACUUAUUGUGAUGAUCUUUUGAAAAAAAUCUUUACCUGAAUUUUCUGCGUUUUUCUUUUCCAUUGGGCUCCCACCUGCCGCUGUUCGUCCACCUCUUCAUAGGCAUCAUUUAACUAGAAAUAAUAAAU